GUUUCUCGACACGUCACGUGACCCGCCCAAAAUAUUUAAUGGCUGCCAACUCAUCAAUAUGAUGACAGUUCUUUCUUAACAUUCGUUUAAUUCACGCGAUCGUUGUUUGAAAUUAUUCGCCGUGAUCACAAGAAAUAUUUUAAACAUGCGAAGCAUUUUAUUGAUAUUCGUUUCCUUGCUCGCAUAUGCAAAUUCUGUUAGGUUCUAUCUUGAACCGAACUCGGUGAAAUGUUUAAAAGAGGAAGCACAAGCUCAUGUUUUGGUCAUUGGAGAAUACGAAAUCUCUGAAACGCCGGGUGUUAAAACCGAAUAUAUUAUUCGAGAUUCUAAAUCGGAAGUACUUUCCAAAAAUGAUAACAUACCUCAUGGAAAAGGGUUCAAAUUUACAUUUGUUAUGGAGACAUAUGACACAUAUGAAAUUUGCUUCAUGGCACAUGCCAUACAGCCGUCUUUCUCAGGCAAUAUGAAACAGGUUAAACAAGAAGUCUAUUUAGCUACAAAGCGUGGCAUUGAAGCAAAAAGUUAUGAAGAAUCGGUAGGUAAAGCUGCUAAACUGAAACCUUCUGAAGUCGAAUUGAAACGAUUGGAAGAUUUGUCCGAAGCAAUUGUUUUGGACUUUGCUCGGAUGAAGUUGAACGAAGAAGAAAUGAGAGACACUAACGAGGCGACGAACGCUCGAGUGGUCCACUUUAGUAUAUUUUCCACAUUAUGGUUAUGUGUACUCUCCACUUGCCAGGUUUUAUACCUGAGGCGUUUCUUCAAAGUGAAAAAACUCAUUGAGUAAAUGAUAAAAAAGAAAUAUCAGAGAGUUUCAAUCUUCUUACAAUUUUUACAACUAACAAAGCUUUAUUUAUUCAAUUUUUGAUAAACAAGUAAGAGAAAAAUGGUCAGAAUUAUGUAAAAAAUCUGCAGACUUAUACUUUGUAUAUUUGAUUACAUUAAAAUAAAACAACAGAUUAAAUAAUAAUUAAAUAAAUGUACAAAAUACAGUCAAACUAUUUUUUUAUACUCUGUC